GUGAUACUGAGGUGCAAAUUGGGAUGUAUAUAUAUUUUGCAUUCAAUCGUUGCACUGAAUAAAUAAAAGAAUAAUCAAGAGCUUGAAUUUAGAGGCUUAUGCAGAAGGUAAAAAAGGAUUUUUUUUUUAUAACUCUCCUCUAUAAAAACUCCCAAGGGUUUUAAUGAAGCAGUCAAAAAUUUAGAAAUCCAAUCACUGUAACCUUUUGGGGGGGGUGUGUGUGUGUGUCUCUGUAAGAGAGAAGAGAAAGAGGGAAGGAUGGAGAUGGAAAAGAAAACACAGAGUACCAGGUUGGUCUUAUUCCCAUGUCCAUACCAAGGUCACAUAAAUCCAAUGCUUCAGCUGGGUUCCUUCCUUCACUCAAGGGGCUUUUCCAUCACUGUCAUUCACACCCAGUUCAACUCCCCCAACCCUUCAAACCACCCAGAUUUCACCUUCUUUCCAAUACAAGAUGGCUUGACUGCUGAAGAGAUCUCAUCUGGGAAUGCAGUGGCCAUUUCGCUGGCCAUAAAUGCCAACUGCACAGCGAGUUUCCGACAGCGCUUGACUCAAGUUAUGGAACAGGAACCCGAGAACAAAAUCACCUGCGUUAUCCAUGAUGACCUUAUGUACUUCACUGAAGCUGUAGCUAAGGAUCUAAACAUCCCAAACAUCAUGCUACGAACUACCAGCGUUACCAAUUUUCUAGCUCGUACUGCUCUCCUAUGGCUUCAUUCAAAAGGUCACAUCCCAUUCCCAGACUCUCAGUCACUGAGUCCGCUGCCCGAUGUUGAUCACCUCAGGUUGAAGGAUCUGCCUACCAGCAACUUCGACACAGUAGAAAGGUACUCAGAACUAGCCAGUAAUGCACACGAUGUGAGGACAGCAUCAGCAAUCAUUUGGAACACCACUGAUUGUCUUGAACGAUCAUCACUUGCAAAGAUCCAGCAACAAUGCCCAGUUCCAAUCUUCUCCAUAGGUCCUCUUCACAAGAUUGAAGCAGCAGCUUCUAGUAGCUUACUAGAAGAGGACACCAGCUGCAUUGGGUGGCUCGACAAGCAAUCUAACAACGCGGUUAUCUACGUAAGCUUGGGAAGUCUAGCAUCCAUCAGUGAGAAAGAGCUCACCGAAAUGGCUUGGGGAUUGGCUAACAGCGAGCAGCCUUUCUUAUGGGUGAUCAGACCUGGCUCAGUAGGUGGUUCAAAUUGGAUGGAGCUAUUGCCUAAAGGUUUCAUAGAAGCGAUUGGAGAACGCGGUUACAUUGUAAAAUGGGCACCCCAGAGGAAAGUUUUGUCCCAUCGCGCAAUCGGAGGGUUUUGGAGCCACUGCGGUUGGAACUCAACGCUAGAGAGUUUGUCCGAAGGGAUUCCGAUGAUAUGCCUGCCGUCUUUUGGCGACCAGAAGGUGCAUUCAAGGUAUGUUAGCCUAGUAUGGAAAGUAGGGAUACAUUUAGACAAUGAGAUAGAGAGAGGAGAGAUUGAGAGAGCUGUCCGGAAACUGAUGGUAGAUGCUGAUGGGGAGGUGAUGAGGGUUAGGGCCAAGGAUUUGAAGGAGAAAAUAGAAGUUUCUUUGAGGAAAGGUGGUUCUUCCUACAAAUUCUUGAAUAAGCUUGUAGAACUCAUCAUGUCACUUUAAUUAUGUAUCUUUUACCACAACCUUGAAUAAAGUUUCCUGCAGAUGGAUGCAAGAAA